UCGGACCCAUUGCUUUUUUGGUUCCUCACAUUUUCAGUUUUACUACAGCAUCUCUCUUCCUCUUUACCCUCUACUCUCUCUCUAGGACUCGAGCCGUUUUCUUUUAGCAAAGGUCUGUUCCCUGUUCUUACUUUCUCUCUCUGACUGACGAUACAGAAGGGCUCUUUCUUUUAUUUUUCGCUGGUCCUUGUAUACAUACAGCCCAUUACACUUUGUGCCAUACCAGGUGGUGGUUUGGGUCUUUUCCGUAUCUAUCUAUCCUUCCUUCCUUCCUUCCUUUUUUUUUUUUUUUUCCUUCUUCCGAGAGAGUUUGGUACAAGGAUUUGCUUCUACUAUAUAAGACGUGAUGUAUUGGUGUAGCAAAGUUUAUGCUUGCCUGGAUGCUUUCUGUAACUGAGCAGGUUUCGGCUCUUCUUUUCUAUUAGGUAUAACCAAAUAACUCUCUGUAAAUUUCUAUGUCAGUGCAUGUUAGAGAUCAAUGAAGAAGAUCCAUCUGGGUUUUUGAAGGAAAUGAGAAUUGAAGCUGGAGAUGUUUGAUUUCUAUAGUUAAACGUAGUUGCUUGGCAAAUUUGUUGGGAAAAAAAAAAGAUUCAAAAUUGUUGAUUUCAUAAAUGGAUUGAGAUAGAGGUAGCAGCCCAUAUUGGUCGCAAUGUUAAAAGCAUUAGCUCCUGGGCUGCUGUUGAUUUUAUCACUCCUGAUAUCAGCUUCUGCAAACGACAACGGGUUUUCUCGAUGUAAUUGUGAAGAUGAGGGCAGUUUAUGGAUCAUAGAAAGCAUUCUAGAGAGCCAAAGAGUGAGUGAUUUCUUGAUUGCCGUGGCCUAUUUUUCAAUCCCUAUCGAGCUGCUAUACUUCGUUAGCUGCUCAAAUGUUCCAUUCAAAUGGGUUCUCUUCGAGUUCAUUGCUUUCAUUGUUCUAUGUGGAUUAACCCAUUUGAUCAAUGGCAUGACGUACGGCCCCCACACAUUUCAGCUUAUGCUUGCUCUCACUGUCUUCAAGAUUUUAACUGCUCUGGUUUCUUGUGCCACUGCCAUUACCCUUUUCACUCUCAUUCCUUUGCUUCUCAAAGUGAAGGUCAGAGAAUUCAUGUUGAAGAAGAAGGCGUGGGAUCUUGGUCGUGAAGUUGGGAUUAUAAUGAAACAAAAAGAAGCUGGGUUGCAUGUUCGUAUGCUUACUCAAGAGAUUCGAAAAUCACUGGAUAGGCAUACGAUUUUGUAUACUACCCUUGUUGAGUUAUCUAAGACAUUGGGGUUGCAAAACUGUGCUGUUUGGAUGCCUAAUGAGAUGAAAACCCUGAUGGAUUUGACCCAUGAGCUGAAUAGGGGUAAUUAUUUGAGUUCAGAUAAUCCUUCAAUUCCAAUCACUGAUCCUGAUGUUGUUAGGAUUAAACGAAGUGAAGCGGUAAACAUUCUUCGGCCUGACUCAGCGCUUGCUGCUGCAAGCCAUGGGGAGUCUGGUGAGCCAGGGCCUGUGGCUGCAAUUCGAAUGCCAAUGCUUCAUGUUAGCAAUUUCAAAGGGGGGACUCCUGAGAUAGUUCAGGCUUGUUAUGCGAUUUUGGUAUUGGUUCUCCCCGGUGGACAACCCAGAUCCUGGACCAACCAGGAAGUAGAGAUAAUUAAGGUGGUAGCUGAUCAGGUGGCCGUGGCUCUCUCUCAUGCUGCAGUUCUUGAAGAGUCCCAACUCAUGAGGGAGAAGUUGGAGGAGCAAAACCGAGCUUUGCAACAGGCCAAAAUGAACGCAAUGAUGGCAAGCAAAGCUAGGGGUGCUUUUCAGAAGGUAAUGAGUGAUGGGAUGAAAAGACCAAUGCAUUCGAUCUUGGGUUUGAUUUCCUUGAUACAGGAUGGUAAUUUGAGUGGUGAGCAACGGAUUAUUGUUGAUGCAAUGAUGAGGACUAGCAAUGUCCUAUCAACGUUGAUAAAUGAUGUGACUGAAAUUUCAAUAAAGGAUAGUGGAAGAUUUUCAUUGGAUAUGAGAUCAUUUGGGUUACAUGCCAUGAUCAAAGAAGCAGCAUGCCUUGCCAAAUGCUUGUGCAUUUAUAGGGGCUUUGGUUUUUCAAUUGAGGUUGACAAGUCCUUGCCGGAUAAUGUUAUGGGUGAUGAAAGGAGGGUUUUUCAGGUGAUUUUGCAUAUGGUUGGGAACCUACUUGAUCACAACAAUGGAGGAGGGUUUGUAGUGCUUCGGUUUUUCUCAGAGAAUGGAAGUCAAGAGAGGAAUGAUCAGAGAUGGACCACCUGGAGACCAUGCAUGUCUGAUGGGGAUGUAUAUAUCAGAUUUGAAAUUGCAAUAAACAAUAGUGGCUCCGAAUCAGAGGGCUCAGCUUCAAUGUUACAACUUAGUGGUAAGAGGUUUGCCAGCGAUGGAGUUGAGGAGGGCUUGAGCUUCAGCAUUUGCAAAAAGCUGGUCCAUUUGAUGCAAGGUAAGAUCUGGAUGAUGCCCAACUCUCAAGGUUUUGCUGAAAGCAUGGGAUUUGUUCUUCGGUUCCAACUUCGACCAUCCAUUGCAGUGGCCAUCUCUGAAUCUGGAGAAUCUUCAGAGAACCCACAUUCCAACUCUUUUUUCAAAGGCUUGCAAGUUCUAUUAGCUGAUGCUGAUGAUUUGAACAGAGCCGUGACUCGGAAGCUGCUUGAGAGGCUAGGUUGCAAUGUUGCUACUGUUGCAUCUGGGUUUGAAUGCCUUAGUGCUCUUGGACCAGCUGCAUCUUUCCAAGUGGUUCUUUUGGAUCUUCAGAUGCCUGAGUUGGACGGAUAUGAAGUUGCAGUGAGAAUCCGGAAGUUUAGAAGUCGAAGUUGGCCUUUGAUCAUUGCCAUGACAGCAAGUUCUGAUGACGAUGUGUGGGACAAAUGCCUGCAAAUCGGAAUCAAUGGUGUCAUUCAGAAACCAGUUGUUCUAAAAGGAAUUUCCUAUGAGCUUCGAAGAGUCCUGGCAAACAAAGUUGUUUGACGAACAUUCUGUAUGUCACAAAACUGCUGUAGCUUUGAUUUUUUUCAGAGCAGUUUGGGGGUCACAAUUGAAUAACCAGACAACAUUUAGCCUCUCAAACCCCUACCAAUCUUCUAUCGUAGAGAUGUCUGCAUAUACAACAUUUACAGUAACAAUGAUAUACAUAUUUAGUUCCCCCUUUUCUUGAUU